GAAACAAAUCGAUCAGAAGCACAACACUUACAACUCAACCAGCAAAGCCCUAAAGGCAAGUGCGACUACUUGCAUUGCACCUUGGCUUGCUCUAGCCAUGGAGAACACCGACGUCCCCAACGGAGCAGCGGCGCCGGCGCCUACGCAGGCGACCCCGGCGGUGAGGGAGCAGGACCAGCUGAUGCCCAUCGCGAACGUGAUCCGCAUCAUGCGUCGCGCGCUCCCUGCCCAUGCCAAGAUCUCCGACGACGCCAAGGAAGCGAUCCAGGAGUGUGUGUCGGAGUUCAUCAGCUUCGUCACCGGCGAGGCCAACGAGCGGUGCCACAUGGAGCAUCGCAAGACCGUCAACGCCGAAGAUAUCUUGUGGGCCCUAAACUGCCUCGGUUUCGACGACUACGUCGUGCCCCUCAGUGUGUUUCUGCACCGCAUGCGCGACCCCAAUGCGGCGACAGGUGGUGCCGCCGCAGGCGACAGGCGCACUGUGAUGAGUGCACCUUCCCGCGCGGCCCCGCCCAUGCGCCACGCCGUGCCGCUACAGGCUCAGAUACAGCAUCCGGUGUACGCGCCUCCGGCUCAAGUGCAGGUUCAGAAUCAGAUGCAGCGGCCAGUUUAUGCGCCCCUAGCUCCGAUGCCGGUUCAGAAUCAAGUGAAGUGGCCCAUGUACACUCCGCCAGCUCCGGUGCAGGUUCAGAUGCAGCGGGGCGUCUACGCGCCCCGGGCUCCAGUGCAGGGUUACACUGUCGGGAUAACGCCCGUGCGGCCCAACGUCGGCGGCCAGUGCCAUGUGUUCGGCGGAGAACGGGUCGUGGCCCAACAAUACUACGGGUACGGGUACGGAGAAGGUGCGUACAGUGCAGGUAGCAGCAAAGGAGGAGCCAGCUCGUCCAACGGCGUGCCGGUGCCGGGGGAGGGCACAGGAGAGCCGGAGGCAGAGCCAGCAGCAGAAGGAUCGCAGGACAAGCCCGUUCAAUCUGGCUAGUCGCGUGGGCAGCGCUCGUUAGCUUCUGUGUCCUGCGUACUGUAAUAAUUUGCCGUGUUGAUCCGGCCGUGGUUUAUGUGUGCGUACUUCUUACCUAAUGUGGGCUUGUCCUCUAGUAAUUCAUGUACUCUUUGUUGUUGAAGUUAUCGUCGCUUAAUUUGGUUUCUCUUA